GACAAUUGUUGGCAAAGCCUUAUAAAUCGCCAUGGGAGUGUGGGAGAGUCCUGGUUGAUCCUUGCGAGAAGAGCUGCAAGCGGAGUUUUUGGUUGGGUGGGACAUGACAAAUAUGACUUUUUGUUUGACCAGAACAAGCUAGAAAACACUGAAUAGAGCACUAUGGCUCUGUGACCGCUAGCUAUGAUAUGAAAACCUAUGGAGCCCAUUUUUUCUUCCACAACGCACACGUCCGUGACCGACCGCACGGGAGCACCCGCGAAGAAACACCGCGACACGGGCGGCUCAACACCGGUGUGGGCAGCUAUCGAAGCUCGCACGAGUUCCCAACGCCAGCAGCCAACGUGUGUUGCUACGAUGUACCGUGUGGCAGGCCUGCUUUUGAUCUGGCUGGCAGGUGCCGAGGAGACAGAGGAUUGCGCCAUGACCCAGUUGCGUAAGGUGAACGAGCACCAUCAGGCGGACUCGGAGGAGACGACCGAUGAGAGGAGCCAGUCGGCCAAUCCCUUCCAAAACAUGUGUCCAACUCCCUGCGUGAAGGAUGAGGCCAUGAAGACAUGCAAGCAGAACAAGGGAUACAGCUUCAAAACUGAUACGUGCAGCUUCAAAUGCAACGGGAAAGGCCAGGUGCAGAAUUGGAAGGGUCCCACCCUGGCGACGCUGGUGAAGAAUCCCUGCAAGGACACCACCAAUGGACCAGCGGCCUUUUGCAAGAAGAAUCCCAGCGAGUCCUAUGACGAUGCGACGUGCGGCUUCAAGUGCCUCAACGGCCAGGCAUUAUCCGUGUCCUUCAAAAGUGGCAGCUAUUCCAUCGGCUCGAGUUGCAUCAAGAAAUCCUUGUUCCAAGCCUCAUCUGAAACGCACCCAGCUGAAAACACUGCCUCGCACCUGGCUGAAGAGGAUGACGAGGACGCGGACCAGGAGGACGACGGCUCUGCCGAGGAGGAGGAGGAGGAAGAGGAUGAGUGAGGGGUGACCUGUGCCGACCAAUUUUUGGGGGUCCAAAGCUGGAUGUUUGGGCAGCGCUCAAAAGUAGUGCUGCCAAAGUAGUGAGCAGCCCAGAGCACCUUCCAACAGUUAAAACAAUUGACCAAUACAAUUUGAUGCGCUACAGGCACGUGUUUUUCCUUGCACUGUUAUUUGCC